AUGAGGUGUAAGACUCAUGACUCAUGAUCCAUAUGCAGCUAAUCUAGGAAAUCACUUUCCCAGAUAUGUUGUGGUUAUUAGGUAGUGAGGUUUGAACCCUAUAAGAGUCCAUAAAAGAAUAAAAAAAUCAGUGGUUAAUGUGUGCAUGUGUGUGUGCUCCUACAAAGAGCUUGAACAUAGUUCAGAACGAUAUCUUUAUAUUACUGAUUAUUGAGAGGGAAAGCUUUUUCUCCUAAGAGGUGGUUGUUUCAAAAUGAUCUCCAGAAAAUUAAUCAAAUUCCUGGUUUAUGAGAUCCUAGAAUUUGCUGCUUUUUUUAUCCCAACGCUUGUGGUGGCAGAACAGUUUGCCUCAGCAUACAGAGAGACGAAGAACAGCUCUGAGAAGACAUCUUAUUGGCUUAUUGUGUCCGUUUCCAUUGCUUAUGUGGCCUUGGUGGCGUUGAUAGUUUGGGUUCCUGUAAAAGUUCUCUUAUACAAAAAGCAUCAUCUCUGCUCCAAAAUAAAACAAUGGAGACCUUCUUUGAUGAUAUGUAUGAUAUUCACAACACUUCCAUCCUUUGGGUUUUCUAUAGCAGUCGCAGAGGUCAAAAUGAAUGUCUCCAGCACUGCAUGUGAAACCUUACCUGACUUUUCAGUAUCAUUGGUUCUGGGUUCCUUAAUUAUUGUUGAUAUAAUUGAAAAAUUGCGAAAAUAUCCUCUCAGAGGAAGACUAAUAAAAAAUGAAGUUUCACAUACCCAUACAACUAAUUUGCAGCAAGUGAGAACGGUGACUGAGUCAAGUGAGGAAAACAGGCCAGCCCCCCAACCAGCAAAUGAUACUCCUGUGCCCAAGCCAAGGACAUUCACCCAGAAACAUCAACCUGUACCCACCGUAGCUGAUGAGUCACCCUUCAGCUCCGGAAUCUUGAGGACCAUGUCCCGGCAAGACAAACGUGCAGAGAUUUUUCUGAAUAGCUUCAUCAUGUGGUCGGACACCAUUGAGAUGCUGAGAGUUUCUGGGCACCAUUCAGUGUUUAAGUCAAGGUGGUUAUAUCCUGUUUAUAUAUUCAGCUAUAUCUCUCUGCUUCGAAUCAUAGUCGUACCACACAAAAGUCUUGUGAGUUCCUUAGGAGUCUUUUUACAGGAUUUCCCCUUUAUGUUUGUUCGAAUUAGUUUGAUUGCUGCUUUGGGGACAAUCACUCCUGUCCUAGGUCUUAUAAAAAAUGUUCUAGUGACCUUUUCUUAUUUUUAUUUCAACUACUUUACUAUAUGGAGGUUUUUCACCACCAAUGAAACAUCUUUCUUUUAAACAGAAAAUGUUCCUUAUCUUUUAAUAAUAGUGCAGUAAAUCCUCAUUCUAAUUAUUCCCAUUCCUAUUCCCUACUAAGCCUGGGUAAAAAAAAAUGAAAUAAGGAUUUGCUAGCACCAUUAAUAGUAAACAAGGAUUUAGAUGAAAUAUUUAACCUUCUUAGGGAAACAUUUUUUAAACAUGUAAACCUUUCAGUUAUUUGCUAUCUAGUGGAUACUGUUUAUAAAUGGAGCUUUAUUUAUUCUUUAAAACAAUUACUCAUAGGACCAAUCAAAAAGUCUUAUGACCAAUUUAGGAUUAGAAAAAGAGAGCUUUAUUAUUUUUAAGUAUCUACUCAUUAUGUUACAGAUGUACUAUGAGAUUAUUCAUUAAUAUGGACUUAUCUUCCCAACAGCAAGUCCUAUAAUGAAGUUUUUAUUAUAAGUUGUUGUUUUAUUGUAUUUAACAAAAUCAUUGACAAUCAAUUAGAAAUUAUCUUUUGUAGAAAAUUGCCUUGGUACCUUGAGUGUAAGUAACUUGUCCAGGGUCACAUGAUUCAGUAUGUGUGAGAGGUAAGGCUUGAACUUUAGGUCUUCACGACUUCUAGUUCAAGCCCUUAUCCAUGAAACCAACUGUCUCUCUGCUUUGAACAUAAUAGACACUUAAUAAAUGUCUUUUGAAUGUUGAAUAAGUAAUGAUGUAGUGAUAUGAAGAAUAUGCCUUUUUAUCAUGAAGGCAAGGCAAGAUUCAAUAGUAAAAUGUUGAAUAAAUUUUUAUAACAUAGAAUUCUGAAAAGCCAUGUGGUGUAAGUGGAAAGAAUGUUAGAUUUGGACUUGGAGUAGAGACUCAGUGGUCCAACUUUGCUACUUAUAUACAUAUAUAUGCAAUAUGUGUAUUGUACAUAUAAUAUGUAUGUGUCUAUACAAACACACACACAUAUACAUUUUUAUUGUUAUUGUUGUUUUUCCAAAAUCUAUUUUCUCAAAUCAUUUCUGACCAUAUUCCUGCACUCAUUCUUAUUUCAUUUAAUCCCACCUACAUUAACUAAGUGCCUUCUGUGGACCAAAGCAUUGUGGUAGAGCAUAGUGAUAUAAAGACAAAAAGCAGAGUCCUUUACACUCUCAAUACAAAGAGAUACACAAAUGCAUAAGAUAAUAUAGAUUAAGAUACUCUAAUCAUGGGCAUAGUCAACUGGUUAUAGAUACAAAAGAACGUGAGUACUCAGACACACACAACUAUAUGUAAUACUAAGCAGAAGAAAGCAGAUAAAAACACAAUGAUAAUGGGACUACCUUAAAACCUAGACAUGUAGAUGCAGAUCCAUACAUGAUAGAGUUUCUUUAGAAUUUAUUUUGUUUUAUUGUUUCAGCAAAGAUGGGUCCAACCUUGAAAUGUCAUCUUAAGUGAUGAUAGCCCAUGGGGCCAGUAUUCACAUUCUUUCCGUCUUCUACUCUCAUUCACCAAAUUUAUAAAGGAGUUAAUGUUUUUUAACCAUUUGUAAUUCCAGUAUCUUGAAUAUAGAAAAAAUUUAAUAAAUUUACAUUGAUUUGGAAUCAAUUUCUAACUAAAUUCUGUUCUAUAUGAAGUCAACUCUGCCCAUCUGAUUUAAAAAAGAGUGGUUGUUCAGAUACACAAGUAUUUUUUUUUCUACAGUAUUGAAUUAAUGUAAGAAAAUAUAUUAGUGAAAUAUUGGGAUUUAAACUCGAGAUUAGAUGAAAAGCUAUAUUAUUCAGUUUAUAUUGCACUUAUAGCUUCUGUGUAAACUUUUGCUCCAGUUAUCAAAGCAAAGCUAAUUUGAUAAGAGUGAAUGUAAUAAUGAAAAAGCAUGAACACAAUUAUUAUAUAUUGACUAGUGGCUAUGAUGUACUUGGUAUGUUUUGGUCCCAUCUAAAUGUCUUGAUUAAAGGUCAAACAGCCAAUGUUAACUGUAAGAUAGAUCAAUUUGCAAAUUCAUCAUCAAUUAGGGUUCUGCUUAUAUUUCAAAGGUCAAUUUUAACUAAUUGGUUAAUUGAAAUAACCUUGAUCAUCUUCCUUAGACAUAGUAGUGAUUGUCAAUUAAGAAUAUGAGCCUGAAUUUCAAUAACAUUUUUUUGUCAGUAACAAUCCAAACCAUUCAGUCUUUUCGUGGAGUCAAAAUUCCCAAGGUCGAAGUUAGUUGCUGUGUAAAAAAAUAGAAUUUUUUUUUUAUAGCAGAACUAGAAAUAGGAUCCUACUUCAUGAAUGUGCCAACUGUUUUUUCUUGUUUGAAGACUUCUUUUCCCUAUCAUGUACUAUAUUUAUGUAUGACUAUAAAAUCUAGAAGUGCUACUUCAGUGAGAAAUUAUUAAGGAAAAAUGCACAUAUUAAAGUUGUAUCUUAAAAUAUUUUAAUUAUAUUUGGAUUUUUAAGCAAACAUUUUGCACUGUGUCUGUUUCAUGUUUCACUUAUUUCAUUUUGGAUCAAUACAUUU